AAACUGACUGAACGUCUGCAGGCUCUUGUGACAGGCUCCUUGGAUUGUCUUGAAAAUGAGGAUGUUAACGACAAAGAAUUUCUUAACCUUCUCAAUGAAAACAAAAAGCUGAAGUAUCGCAUCAACAUUUUGAAAAAGACUUGUGAUGCCACAGCUAACCUCCAAGUCAUUAUGAAUUAACUGUGGACAAACUUUACAUAUAUAAGAUGGACACUAAGUGAAAUGACUUCAUUUUUGAUAUGAUGUUAAUCAGAAUAUAAUCAGUGUAAAAGUGGAAUAUAGUGGAAAUCAUAUCAAGGAUAGUGUAUUACAAAAUACAUUUUUAAUAGAGAAAACACGAAAUUGAGAAUCAUACAGUAAUUUACCACUGGACAUAAUGGGAGAUGUGACUUGCAAGAAAUUAUGUACUCAGCACUUGAGGGAGCAAUCACCGUCUUCUUUGUUUUGUGGACAAGGGAGCAUAGAGGCUGCAGGAGGGGAUGCAGGCAGCAGCAACACAGAUGACUUUGGCAGCCACAUGUGUAAUAUUAUGGGUCAGCUAGAGAAAAUCUUCACUAAAGCAGUGCUCUCUGCUUAUCCUGAAGCUGUCAGCCCUAUGAUUCAGAUUCAGCUUUCUAAGCAUGCAGAUUAUCAGUGUAAUGCUGCUAUGUCUCUUGCAAAGAGUCUUAAGAAAAACCCAAGAGAAGUAGGACAGCAGGUUCUGAAAAAUGUUGCGCCAAAUCCCCUCAUUUCUAAUCUUGAAUUAUCUGGACCUGGAUUUAUCAACAUCGUCCUCAGCAAGGAUUUCAUCAGGCAACAGGUUACAAAUUUAAUACUGACUGGUGUAACGCCUCCUCCUGCAACACCAGUACAAGUAGUGGUUGAUUUUUCAUCUCCCAACAUUGCAAAGGAGAUGCAUGUCGGCCAUCUGAGAUCGACCAUUAUUGGUGAUAGUAUUGCUCGCUUACUGGAGUUCCUUGGGCACAAAGUUUUGAGACUCAAUCAUUUAGGUGAUUGGGGAACACAGUUUGGCAUGCUCAUUGCCCACUUGCAGGAUACUUUCCCAAACUUUGCAACAGAACCUCCACCAAUUGCUGAUCUCCAGAAGUUUUACAAGGAAUCUAAAAAGAGAUUUGAUGAAGAUGAAGAAUUUAAGAAGCGGGCUUAUGAAGCAGUUGUAAAAUUGCAAGCCUACGAACCUUUACACAAGAAGGGUUGGGAAGAAAUCUGUGAAAUUUCAAGAAAGGAGUUUAUGAAGGUUUAUGAACGUCUCCAGAUUCGUAUCAUAGAUAGGGGUGAAUCCUUUUAUCAGGAACGAAUGGUUAAGCUUGUUAAAGAGCUAAAUGAUGCUGGAUUACUGGAAGAAGACGAUGGUCGUAAGGUUAUGUUUGGAGAAGGAACAGAUGUCCCAUUGACUGUUGUGAAGUCAGAUGGUGGUUUUACCUAUGAUACAUCAGACAUGGCAUGCCUUAAGCACAGGAUAGAUGAAGAGAAGGCUGAUUGGAUUGUGUAUGUUACAGAUGCAGGACAGUCACAACAUUUCAAGAGCUUUUUGGCCUGUGCAAAGAAAGCUGGCUUUUAUAAUGAUGUCAAAACACGUGUGGAUCAUGUCACAUUUGGCGUGGUUUUAGGAGAGGACAAGAAGAAAUUUAAGACAAGAUCAGGUGAUACAGUGCGAUUGAUUGAUUUGCUUAAUGAGGGUCUUCAGAGGUCUGAAGAGAAGCUGAAAGAGAAGGAUCGACAUACAGUUCUUUCUCCAGAAGAGUUUGAAAAGGCUCGGGAUGCUGUUGCUUAUGGUUGCAUUAAAUAUGCUGACUUGUGCCAUGACAGAUCUCGAGACUACAUUUUCUCUUUUGACCGUAUGUUAGACUUCAGGGGGAACACUGCUGCGUAUCUUCUCUAUGCUCUCACCAGGAUACGUUCCAUCAUUCGUACAGCUGGAGUGAAACCAGAGGAAAUUGAAGCUGAAGCCAAGAAGGGCGCGAUAGCCUUAGAGCAUGAGAAGGAGUGGAAGUUGGCAAGAACCAUUCUGAAGUUACCUGAUGUGCUUGUCCAGAUUACUCAGGACCUCUACUUGCAUCCACUCUGUGAAUUCCUUUAUGAGGUGUCCACAGUAUUUACAGAAUUCUAUGAUAACUGCUAUUGUGUGGAAAAGGACCAAAGUGGAAAUAUUGUCAAGAUCAAUAUGAAUCGCAUUUUGCUUUGUGAAGCAACAGCACAGAUCAUGGAAAAAUGCUUUUCCAUUUUAGGAAUCACAACAGUAGGGAAAAUGUAGGUUCAUUUCACUACAUCUCACUGCUAUUGUGCAGAAGAUCUAAAUCCAAACUUUGCCAGGAAUCUUUCAAAGAUACAACCAAAUUUACUUUUACAUCAUAACAAAAGUUGUUAUCAUUAUAUAUUUGUUACAACUAAUUUAUCUUGGGAUUGAUUGGAAAAACAAUUACUUUAAUUAUUGUGGUUGUUACUACAGCUAUUGAUUAAAUGUUUAUGGGUUUUGUACGAGAUGAUGCUUGAUUAAAGAUCUAAAAACAAAA